GAGAGAGAGAGAGAGAUAGAGGGGACAGCUCUAGAAAGUCGCCACGAAACCAGAAUUCUAGUUUAGUCACGUAAGCACACUGCUUCCCUUCCACGUGUCCCGCUCUCCAUCUCCUUCCACUACAUUCUUCUUCAUUCAUAAUAACUAACUGCACUCCCUAGAUCCUAUUCUCAUUCUCUCUCUCUCUCUCUCUCUCUCUCUCUAGCCUUGCAUUGGAACUACCGCCAUUGCUGUUUGCGGUUCUCUCACUCCAGGGAAAAAAAGAAGAAAUUUGAAACCGAAGAAGAGAGGAAGAGAUGAGCUCUCUUAACAACCAUAUGGAGACAAGGACACUGUUGGAUGAGCUUCGUAGCUUCGACAAGGGGGGACUCUUCGACUUCGGCCACCCUCUCCUCAACCGCAUCGCCGAAAGCUUCGUCAAAGCAGCCGGAAUAGGAGCAAUCCAGGCAGUGUCGCGAGAGGCUUAUUUCACUCUAGUUGAAGGUACAGGGGUGGAUGGCAGUGUACGGUCGGAGAUUUCAAAUGGAAAGAAGUCUCGAUUCCCUGACCUCAGAGGGGAAACCAGCAGCAAGUCUCUUGAAGCAUUGGUGAAGAAUACCGGAAAAGAAUCUCUGCAGUGGGGAUUGGCUGCUGGAAUGUACUCUGGUCUCACCUAUGGGCUAACAGAGGCUCGUGGAACUCAUGAUUGGAAAAAUAGUGCAGUAGCAGGAGCAAUCACAGGGAUGGCACUAGCACUUACAACAGAUGAUUCUUCCCAUGAGCAGAUGGUGCAAAGUGCUAUUACUGGCGCAGCCAUCUCCACUACUGCCCACCUCCUUGCUGGGAUAUUCUAAGUUUGGCACUCUAGGAAUGUAGUUGCUUUCCUGUUUCUUUUAACAGCAUCUCUGGUUUAUUUAAGAGAUUGGACUUGGUAUUUUGUUGCGACUUUUGCCGUGGUCGGCUAAUCAUUUGGAUGUUGACUUGGAUCAAAGUAUCUGGUUAUAAAUGUGGCACGCCACCUAAUGCCGUUUCCUC